AUGCCGCAGCCCGAACGAACGCGCUCCACCCCGGCCCGAGCACCGCAGGACCCGGAAACACCAGAGCGGAAGCGGCGAAUCCGACUUCCGAUGCGGGGCGCCUCCAGUGCCGCGGGGCACGCCGGGAGAUGUAGUUCGCAAAGUGAUCCGACAGCCAUAGGGACGGCUGCGUUGGGAGUCCGCCGCAAGUACUACUGCAUCAUGAAGGUGCUCUUCUUCUUGUUCGUCCUGCUGGCCCUGUGUCUGCCUGUGCAGGGAUCCUGGGAGACCUGCGAGACCUGCGGGCUCCGGCCCUUGCAUUCCGACAGCUCUGUCUCAGCGCGCGUUGUUGGUGGCAGAGAUGCCCAGCCAGGAGCCUGGCCAUGGAUUGUUAGUGUGCAGAUGGUCUUUGAGACAGGCGCCGUACACAUCUGCGGAGGGUCCCUCAUCCACCCGCAGUGGGUGCUGACGGCAGCCCACUGCUUCGACAAGAUCCAGAAUGUCCCAGCGUGGCGCGUGGUGGCCGGUAUCAACAACUUGGCUCAUGAGGGCCCUGAGGCCCAAGUGCGUUAUGUGAGGCGGAUCCUGGAUCACAAAGGCUAUAACAACAUCACCAUGGCAAAUGACAUUGCCUUGAUGGAAGUCUACGAGCCUUUCCAGUGCAGCCCCUACGUGCAGCUCGCCUGCGUGCCCGAUUUCUCCCUGCGACUGUGGGAGCUGCGAAACUGCUAUGUUAGCGGCUGGGGGGACACCGUGGCCAAAUCUCGUGAAAUGCCCCCGUCGCUGCAGGAGGCCAACAUGCCCCUUGUGCUGCAGGAGGCCCAGGUCCCCCUUAUCAACACCCAAGUCUGCAACAGCAGUGGGUGGUACCGUGGGGCCAUCCACUCCCACAACGUGUGCGCAGGCUAUCCGCAGGGCGGCAUCGACACCUGCCAGGGGGACAGCGGGGGUCCGCUGGUCUGCCAAGAUCUCCAUGCUGACUACUUCUGGUUGGUGGGAGUGACCAGCUGGGGGAAAGGCUGUGCCAGAGCCCGUCGGCCAGGGGUCUACGCCUCCACUCAGUACUUCCGCCAGUGGAUCCUGAGCCAGAUGGCGAUGCCGUCAUUGGAAGCAGCAGCUGCAACAGCAGAGAGUCAUUUUACCACUGGCUUCAACCCCAUUGAGGCACCCCAGCCAGUUCCUACACCGGCUGCCGCAUCUCCCACCUGCCCGUUCCCUGUGGACAAGCUGAAGGCCUUUUUUGCCCGGCUGCAGGACCUCCUGCAGGUCUUGCGCAGUGGCAAGGGCUGAGGAGCAGGGGGAAGAGGAUGCAGGGCAGGCUGCAUGGUGCCACCACCAUGUCCUUCUGGGGCAGUGCCUGCUGCUCUGAAGGCAGCCUCACGUUCCCAGACCUGGUUGGUCCUGCCCACGCUCCUCAGACCACCCAUCAAUAAAUGUGUUUGUUUGCAAUGUGCUUGGAUUCCAUUUUAUUGUAUUCUAUGAUUGUACU